AGGAGCACCAAGGACAUGUUCAACACCUCUAAUAGUACAGCAAUGGCUGACUAUACAGAAGAUUAUUUGGACUUUUUAAAUACAAGUAAUGGCUCAUAUAAUGGCUCAUACGAUGAUUAUCCUGACAAUGGAGACUGGUGUGAAGCUGAUGACCACCAGGCUCGCGUCAUCAAAACCUUCCAAGCUUGUGCUUUCACUGCCAUCUUCCUGCUUGGCGUUGCAGGAAACUCCCUGGUGAUCGCCACCUUUGCUCUCUACCGCCGCUUUCGGCUUCGUUCCAUGACCGAUGUCUUCCUGUUCCACCUGGCGCUGGCUGACCUCCUCCUCCUCCUCACACUCCCAUUGCAGGCCAUUGACACUCACAAGGGUUGGAUUUUCUCUUAUCAUCUCUGCAAGAUCAUGCGUGCAACCUACGCUAUCAACACAUACAGCGGGCUGCUGCUGCUUGCGUGCAUCAGCGUCGACCGCUACAUGGUAGUAGCACGAGCGCAGGAAAUGCUCAGGCUGCGCAGCCAAAUCCUAACAGCUGGGAAGCUCACUGCUGUGGGGGUAUGGCUUAUUGCAGUGGCUCUAAGCAUCCCUGAAAUCCGCUUCUCAGGGGUUUCAGUCAGCUUCUCAGGGCAUUCAGGCAAUGAAACUGAAGCGUACUGCGUCAUGCAAGUAAGUGGUCGAAUAAGACUGGUCCCCAGUGGCGUGAUCAUCACCGUCUUCUGCCUGUCCCUUGCCAUUAUGGUGGCAAGCUACACUUCGAUUGCUCGAGUGCUGUGGGAAGGGCACGCACAUCGGCGAGGGAAGCAGUGGCAACGGCAGCGUACCCUGAAGCUGAUGGUUGCCCUGGUGCUGGUUUUUCUGGUAUUCCAGCUGCCGUACACUGCGGUGCUGUGUCGCAAAAUGUUCGGCCCGUUCUGUGGUCUGAUGUUGGAGUACGUCACCUGCACGCUGGCGUACACCCGCUGUUGCCUCAACCCUAUCCUCUACGCCCUGGUAGGCGUGCGUUUCCGUCAGGACGUGGUGAGGCUCAUCUACGAUUCAGGCUGCCCAUAUCGCAAUCUGGUUGUGCCACAGACGGUGAACUCGACAUCAAUCUCCGCCUCCUCACCUGCUCUCACCGUGCUUUCGGCGUGCUCUCCAACAUCUCCCGAUGCUCCAGUUGCCUUCAAGUUUUCGGGAACCAAAUAAACUCUGAGUGGACAAUGAACUGCUUUGCAUAUAUUGUAUUAUAUUAUUAUUAGAAAUGGAACAUCUUAUAUUCACUGUUCAAAACUUGUCGGUAAGUCAAGCUGAAUGGGUCAUCCCAUGAAAAAUCAAUAAGUUUGUCCUACCUGACCCCUUCAGCUUAUUAUUUCACUGUAUAUAUAUAUAUAUAUAUAUAUAUAUAUAUUCUUUUUUUUUUGCUUUUUCUGUGUCAUUUCAAACCUAACAAACUUCAUGUAAUUCUAGAAGAUAAACCCUGCUCAAAAAUAUAGGUAAAAAGGAGAUCUUUCAUGUAAUACCUUGUCUCAUCCAACCACCUAUCCCACAUAUGACCAGUAAUGGCGCUGUUCCUUAAAAAAGUAGCAUAUUACACAUGACUUUUUUUUUCCUUUUUGUUGAGUAACGCCCAACGGUAUUUUCAUUAGUCACUGGAAAAUUAAUUAAUUAAUUCAUUACACUACUCUACAUUACGUUUGUGUUGCCCCAUAACAUGACCUGAAUGCAUUGUCACAUAAUUACCAGUAAACUUUAAGCAUUAGCUCCACCCACCAACCCAAAUCCCUAUCCUGAUGACGACACACAUUAUCUAUAAACACAAAACUGACAACACAAAGCGGCAAGCCUGAAGCCUGAAGAGACUUCAAAGCUACGAUCUUACAGACCUGAUGUGAAGAUCAGGAUCCAGCCGUAAGGAUUAGGAGGGCCAGCAUCGCCAAAGCAUUCAUAGCAUGAAGACAAUACUUGAAAAAAGGUUACUGUACAAAAAUGCAGCUUAUUUGAAGAUAGACCACACCUUAGUUAUAUAUGCUGUUAUCCACUGCAGUAUACCACGGGGUGACUGACAAGACUAUCAAAUGUUUGUAUGUAAAUAUCAUAUCAUGUGAUGUUUUUAGUUCAUUCUUACUGUGACUCUGUAGCCCACUUAUUCUUGCAUUAUUUUUUUUUAUAAAUUACAAUAAAGUUUCAUACUAAUUUUUUUAGA